UGGCGGCCGCGCUCUGUGGUCACGUGUCCCGCAAGCCCGCCUUCGAACUUCCGGUCACGUGCCCUCAGAACCCUCGCAGCCAGCGAUGGAGGCGAGACCCCCCAGUAACAGAGGCGGUGGCGACGGCUGCGGCCACUGGGUUUCCGCCUCUUCCCAGCAGCAGCUCUAAGAAUCGCAGCGGAACUCGACCUGACCCAACACAGCUACUUACUCUCUGCUCAGGGUUGUGGCUUCCACCUGCACCGUCUAACCAUCAUGGCAACUUCCUCUGAAGAAGUAUUGCUGAUUGUAAAGAAGGUGCGUCAGAAGAAGCAGGAUGGAGCUCUGUACCUCAUGGCAGAAAGAAUUGCUUGGGCACCUGAAGGCAAAGAUAGGUUUACAAUCAGCCAUAUGUAUGCGGACAUUAAAUGCCAGAAAAUCAGUCCAGAAGGAAAAGCUAAAAUUCAGCUUCAGCUGGUCCUGCAUGCAGGGGACACAACAAACUUCCAUUUUUCCAAUGAAAGCACAGCAGUGAAAGAGCGUGAUGCAGUAAAGGACCUUCUUCAGCAGCUGCUGCCCAAAUUUAAGAGGAAAGCAAAUAAAGAACUGGAAGAGAAAAACAGAAUGCUGCAAGAAGAUCCUGUUUUGUUUCAGCUCUAUAAAGACCUGGUUGUGAGUCAAGUGAUCAGUGCUGAGGAAUUCUGGGCCAAUCGCUUAAAUGUGAACACAACAGAUAGUUCUUCCACAUCCAACCAUAAGCAGGACGUUGGUAUUUCUGCAGCAUUUCUGGCUGAUGUCCGGCCCCAAACAGAUGGCUGUAAUGGUUUGAGAUACAAUUUAACUUCUGAUAUCAUUGAGUCCAUUUUUAGGACUUACCCAGCAGUAAAAAUGAAAUAUGCAGAAAAUGUUCCUCACAACAUGACAGAAAAGGAAUUCUGGACGCGGUUUUUCCAGUCCCAUUAUUUUCAUAGGGACAGGCUGAAUACAGGGUCAAAGGAUCUCUUUGCAGAAUGUGCCAAAAUAGAUGAAAAAGGAUUAAAAACAAUGGUUUCAUUAGGAGUGAAGAACCCACUACUGGAUUUGACAGCUUUAGAGGAUAAACCAUUAGAUGAGGGCUAUGGCAUUUCCUCCGUGCCAUCUACUUCCAAUUCUAAGUCCAUAAAGGAGAAUAGUAAUGCUGCCAUCAUCAAGAGAUUCAACCAUCACAGUGCCAUGGUUCUGGCAGCAGGUCUCAGGAAACAAGAAGCACAAAAUGGUGAGCCCAGCAGCAUUGAUGGAAAUUCCGGAGAUGCCGACUGCUUUCAGCCAGCAGUCAAGAGGGCAAAGUUACAAGAAUCCAUUGAAUAUGAAGACUUGGGGAAAAAUAAUUCUGUGAAAACAAUUGCACUAAACCUUAAGAAGUCAGAUAGGUAUUAUCAUGGUCCGACUCCAAUCCAGUCACUACAGUAUGCAACAAGUCAGGACAUUAUUAAUUCUUUUCAAAGUAUUAGGCAAGAAAUGGAAGCUUAUACACCUAGGUUAACUCAGGUUCUCUCAAGUGGUGCUGCCAGUUGUACCAUUACAGCAUUGUCACCUGGAGGAGCACUUAUGCAAGGAGGGACACAGCAAGCCAUAAACCAGAUGGUGCCAAAUGAUAUUCAGUCUGAAUUGAAACACUUGUAUGUGGCUGUUGGAGAACUUCUGCGGCAUUUCUGGUCCUGUUUUCCUGUUAAUACACCAUUCCUAGAAGAAAAGGUAAUAAAAAUGAAAAGUAAUUUGGAACGAUUCCAGGUUACAAAGCUCUGCCCAUUCCAAGAAAAAAUUCGAAGACAGUAUUUAAGCACAAAUUUGGUGAGCCACAUAGAAGAGAUGCUGCAGACAGCCUACAACAAGCUCCACACGUGGCAGUCUCGGCGUCUAAUGAAGAAAACGUGAGGAGUCCAUGACUAUCACAUGUGAUGUGAGAUCGAAGAGAAAUGUGACCUGCAGUGACUCUGGAAACCUGGCCUAGUAGACAUGCAGAUGACCACACAGAGUGACAAGAAACAUCUGCACUCUGCCGACUCCCAGAGCUGAUGCUAUUGUACUUGCACAUGGGGAGCUGACAAGAAGAAAGGGACUGAUUCAGCUGAAUGCUGGGGAGGUAAAUUAAGGCAGAACCAAAAUGAGCUAGGUUGCUAAUAUAUAUAUAUGUAUGUAUGUAUGUAUGUGUACAUAUAUAUGUGUACAUAUAUAUAUUUUAAAAGACUGUUUACUGCAGUUACUCAGGAACUGCUUUUGAUUCACAUUAAGCUGCUUUCAGAAAUUUAAAAAUACUUUUUUAAAGGGUGCAUUGAUAAAAUCUGAGGUUUUUUUGUUUUGUGGUUUUUUUUUCUGUGUAAAUUGUUUUCCUAAGUUUAUGGCACAGGGUAGACCUAAAGUGUUUCUCCUCCUUCCUCCCCUUGGAUCCUCAAGUUUCUCUGACUUCUAGUUGUACCUUACAUCCGCAAGUUACAAAGAGGGUGCUUUAAAUCAGAGGGAGACUGUUGCUCAGCCAUCCAGAGACAGUUGUAGUCAGAAGACAUCAUUGGUCCUGUGUUUCCUAGGGAAAUAAGAAUCGAUAAAUAUUGCACUGAAUGUUGGUGGUCUUGAGGCCCUAAAUAUAAAGAGGGAACAUGUGAAAGCUGCGUGGGGUUUAUAUGCAGACUUUUGUCAGGAGACAAUGACGCUGCAUGUUUUUCUUUUGAGUGCAAAUGUACAUUGCUAAGUUUUUUUUUAAAGAUGGCAUGUGCUUUGAAAGAAGAUAUUGCAUUUUUAAGAGUUUAAAAUCUUAUGAGUGAAAAAUAUAAGAAAUCUUACUUAUUUUCACCUCUUUAGAAGAAAUAAAAGAUGUUUCUCAUA